CUGAAUAAUUUUCAGAAUGCUGUAAAACAGAUUAGAUCAGAGCUGCACCUUCAUAGUGUUCUCUGUACAUAAAUAAUGAUUGAUUGAUUAAUUUAUUGAUUUAUUGAUUGAUUAAUGAAACACAUAGAGUAGAAGAGUUUGUACUGAAUCUGUAUUUUGUACUUUAAUGUAUACUUUGAUCUCAGCUGAUCUAAUCUAUAAAACAAUGUAUCACUGUAGAAAUGCUUUGAUCCUCAGGAUCUGAUGUAUCUGAAUCUGAUAUCAGACAGUUUGGGUUGGAUCUGAUCCCGUGGAUUAAAUGUUUAAGUUGGCAGUAGAACAUUUUGUUGUGGGUUAAUGGUGUCAUGAGUUGCAGAAGUUUGUGAACCCCUGUAUAACUGUGAUUGUGUAGUUUCAGACAGUAGAUGGCGCUGUUGGACAGGCUGUCAGAACUGGAUCUGACCAGUAGACCACCAUGGAAAACUGAAGCCGCAGUGGACCACUGGGUAAAUACAGGUCAUUGGCAGUUGGACACCAGUACUCGUCUCUGGCCUCUCAGCCCAUCCUCUGCAGUUCUAUACCGGGUCUGGUACCGAAGCAGCUGCGGUUCUGUAGGAACUAUGUGGAGAUAAUGCCCAGCGUGGCACAGGGGGUGAAGAUCGGCAUCCAGGAGUGUCAGCAUCAGUUCCGUGGCCGGCGCUGGAACUGCACCACUGUCAACGACAACCUGGCCAUAUUCGGACCGGUUCUGGACCGAGCUACGCGAGAGUCGGCGUUUGUCCACGCGAUAGCGUCUGCAGGCGUGGCGUUUGCAGUCACUCGCGCCUGCGCUGAGGGUUCUGCUACCAUCUGUGGCUGCGAUAACCGGCGGAAGGGGCCGCCGGGCGAGGGCUGGAAGUGGGGGGGCUGCAGUGAGGACGUGGACUUCGGGAACAUGGUCUCGCGAGAGUUCGCUGAUGCGCGAGAGAACCGACCCGACGCUCGUUCUGCCAUGAACCGCCACAACAACGAGGCUGGGAGAACGUCCAUCGCCGACCACAUGUACCUGAAGUGUAAGUGUCACGGGCUGUCAGGCAGCUGCGAGGUGAAGACAUGCUGGUGGUCUCAGCCGGACUUCCGCGUGAUCGGCGACUACAUGAAGGACAAGUAUGACAGUGCCUCAGAGAUGGUGGUGGAAAAGCACCGGGAGUCCCGCGGCUGGGUGGAGACGCUCCGGCCCCGGUUCACCUACUUCAAACCGCCCACUGAGACGGACCUGGUCUACUACGAAACCUCGCCCAACUUCUGCGAACCCAACCCAGAGACGGGCUCCUUCGGGACGCGCGACAGGGCGUGCAACCUGACAUCGCACGGCAUCGACGGAUGCGACUUGCUGUGCUGCGGCAGGGGACACAACACCAGGACCGAGGCGCGCAAGGAGAAGUGCCACUGCAUCUUCCACUGGUGCUGCUACGUCAGCUGUCAGGAGUGCACACGUAUCUACGACGUCCACACCUGCAAGUAGACUCACCUGACGAGUUAACGAUAUAACGAGUUAACUAUCGAGAUAACUAUCCGGCAUAAGAAAAGAACAGAACAACUGCCAAGACUGCAGAGAGGAAGCUGGUGAAGCUGGGUUUACCGUUUCUACCGGAAAUUGGAUGGAAUAGUCUUGAGUCUUGGAUUAAGACGACGGACAGUGGAGUCAAGUCAUUGUUGGUCCUGAAACCCAACAAGCGGGUCUGAGGUUGAGUGAGACCUUUUGAAAGCUAGCCUCUUUCAGACAGUAAAGCUGUUAUUAGCAUAAGGACCACACUCAAGCUUUUUUCAAGCUGCGAACCUAAUUCUCUAAAGGAACUAUUCUUUUACCAGAGUGGACCAGAGUGUAGAUGGGGGUUAGAAUGGUGAAUGUAAUUGAGAUGACGGACCCUGGAGACCUCUGGGAUUGUGUCGAGGAGAUAAAAAGAGCAAAGAGAAAGAAAAGCUAGCAGUAAUGAAGAGGUUUUGUUGGGGCACGUGGCGCACCGCGUUGCCUCACGUCACUCCAGAGGCCUUUUGGCGGCUUUCCCUGAGACUAAAGCAGAGAGUAGGCACUGUAGAGUAGUUAUGCCAAAGUUACAGUGAUCCUUUCCUGUUAGCGUUAGCAUUCGUUAGCAUUAGCCUCCUUGCUAACACCAUUAAAAAGCUAUUAGUGCCAAGAUUUUUGUACUGAAGAACGUAGUGGUAAAGUACAUGUGUUGUAUGUUAUAUGUGUACGUGAGAAUGUGUGCGAGGUCAGACCCGGUAGGUCCGUUAGGCAGUCGGACUCCGCGGUUAACUGGUGACCGAUUAGGUGAUGAAUGCACUUGAGCGAAUGUUACAUAUUUGUCAGUUUCUCUGAAUUCGCCUGUUUGCUUUAUGAAUCAUAACAAGUAACGAGCGAAAGUCCGACAAUGUGACCGCCCAGCUCUGCCCUGUCUAAACACUUCUGUCUAGACUUCUGGAAACUGUAGGAAACUGUUUAAGAACCUGCAGAACCUGAACUUGGACCGCUGAUCCAUCUGUUAGAGUACCUACAGGUACCUGUUCUUGCGGCCGGUUGCUCCGCCUCCUCUUCCUCCUUCUUCAUGUGUAACAGUAUUAGUGAUUUUUCACACCGCUGCUUUUCACACUACAUAAACCUGAAACAUAAAACUUAAAAAAAAUCACAGCCGAAACUAGAAACUCAGAAUGUCCAGAAAGUUCUGCACAGAUACAGGUGCUGUGAAAAAGUACUUACCCCUUCAGAUUUCUAUUGUUUUUGCUUUUUUAUCAUACUUACAUUACAUAUCAGACAAAGAUAACCUGGGUAAAUAUAAAAAGCAGUUUUUAAAUGAUGAUUUUAUUUUUAAGGGAAAAAGGAAAAUCUAUUUAAACUGACCUGGUCCUGUGUGAAAAGUGUUUACUUCUAAAUCUAAUAACUUGGUUGUUCCACUCUUAAAAGCACAUCUCUGUGGAGGAAUUUUGUUCCACUCUUCUUUACAGAAUUGUUUUAAUUCAGACACAUUAAAAGAUUUCAGCAUCUCAAUCAUCAAUAGACUUUGACUAGACCCUCCAAAACCUUUAUUUAGUUUAACCUUUUUUAACCUAUUAAGAGGUGAAUUUGACUUGUUUGUGUGCAUUGGGUCAUUGUCCUGCUGCAGAACCCAAGUAAAGUACUCCUGAGCUUGAGGUCACUAAGUAACAGUUGGAGGAUUUUCUCCUUCAGGAUUUUCUGUUAAUAAACAGCAGAAUUCAUGCUUCCAUCUAAUACAGCAAGUUACCCAGCAGCUCCAGACCAUCAUAACACACACACUACCACCACCAUGUUUUACAUCGCUCAGUAUGAUGUUCUCUUAUUGAAAUUAUGUAACAGGACACACACCUUCCAAAACGUUUCACUGUUUUUUAUAUUUGAACUCUUCUAUGGAGACCAUUUUUACCCAGUCUAUUUCUUAUUAUUGAAUCAUUAUCACCGAUCUUAACUGAGGCAAGUGAGAUCCUGCAGUUCUUUAAAUGUUGUUCUGGGUUCUUUUGGGAUCUCCUGGAUGAGUUCUUCAUGCCCUUUUGGAGUAAUUAUGUCAGUCGGCCGGUCACUCCUGGAGUCUCAAAGCUUUAGGAAUGAUUUUAGAAUCUUUUCCAGACUGAUAGAUGAUCAAUAACUUUGUUUUUUCUCAUCUGUUGUUGAGUUUCUUCAGAUGGGGGGAUAAUAAUAAUAAUGUGCUGCUUUUGAGAUCUUUUCUAUUCUAUUUAAGUGAUUUCUUGAUUCUACAGGUCUUGAAUCAGUACUUAGACCUGGUUGUGGUUAGUAGUGAAAUUGAACUCAGCCUUUUAAAAAGUGAUUAAUCACAGUAAAUUUAUAGGGGGAAAACUUUUUCACACAGGACUAGAUUGGUUUGAAUUGAUGUUUUCCCUUAAUUAAGAAAAUUAUAAAUUAAAAAGUUAUUUUAAUAUUUACUCAGGUUACUUUUGUCUGAUAUUAAAGUUUUUUUUGUUAAUCUUAAAAAUGUAAGUAUGACAAAAAAGCAAAAACAGAAGAAAUCUGUAGUUUUAUUUCUAUAUCGUCCCAAAAUAUAUAAUAAAAUAUUAGCAGAAAUGUGAGGGGAUGCUCUAUAUCUGCUAAAUUUAAUCCUACAGCUUCACCAUAAACAAAGUUAGCUUAGCAUGUUAGCAUCCACAAGCUCCAGUCUGUAUGUGUGUGUAUGAGAGAAUCAGCAGCGUUAGAGUGAUGUAAUCCUGACUUAUCCUCAUCUGUAUGCUGCUAACCGACUGCAGGUGUGUGUGUAUAUACUGUAUAAGUGUAGGGUAUAUAUGUCUGUAUGUGUGUGUGUGUACUGUAAGUAGGCUUUGUUGUAUGUUUGUAUGUGUGUAUAUAUAUAUAUAUAUUUGUGUUUGUGUGUGAUCUCUUCUUUCUGUGAAAGACUCCGUGUGUAGGCAUAGUUAACAACUAAAAUGUGAAGUUUUCUUCUACUAAUUCUGCUUUUAUAUAAAGACUAUUUUACUCAAGAGGUUCAAUUUAAAUUAUAUGAUUAUACGCAAUAGAAUCACAAAAUGAGUAAAUGAGUUAAACAUAGUUUAACUGUAAUUAAACUGGGAAUCCCACAGCAGUGUUCAACACAAUUACAAAGAACUGAUAAGUCUGGACACACCUUAAAUUCUUUAUUAUUUUAAAAUGUUCUGUAUUGUAGAUUAAUACUAAACUCACACAGACUAUGAAGAAAAACAUAUUAAAUUAUUUUAUUAAACAAAAAGUGUUAAAUAAACCAGAAUAUGUUUUAUAUUUUAGAUCCUCUUGUUUAGAUGAUGAGUUUUGAACAUCUCUGCUGGAUUUUCUCAGUCAGUUUUAUGAGGUAGAGUCUCCUGGAAUUCAGGCUUUCAGUUAACAGCUGUGCUGAA